AUGAAGCUCAAUCAUUUAGACCUUAAGAUUAAUGUCGAAACGCCACGAAUCAUCCUCAGAGGAGCGCUGGACGAGUCUGUUGGGUGUGUACUACGUGGAUUUGUCGUGUUUUGCAUAAAGGAGACAAUUCGGGUCAAAAGUCUCAAGUUACGGCUUUCAGGCAGAAUGAGGAUCAAUUGCACUGAACGUGUGCUGAGUUGUGCCAACCCCCGUCAACACAAAAGGGAAAUAUCUGUAAUUGAGAAUGAAUGGGUGUUUCUUGAACUUGCCAAGAAGUGCCAUGUCCUCAUUCCCGAUACCUACCGAUAUCCGUUUGAAUUUGUUAUACCAGGAGAUGCGCCUGAAUCCGUUAAGGACCAUUGUUACGGAAGUCUGUUGUACAAACUCAAAGCAGUGGCCGAAAGACCCGGAUUAUUGACCAAUCUGGUCGAUCGUCAGCCACUGGACGUAAUAAGACAAGACAAUGAUCAAGACAAUGAUAUGCCAAUUCAGAUGGUAAAUUUGUGGCAAGACCAGAUGGAACUGGUUAUUACAGCACCUAGAAAAAAGGUCUAUCUUGGCGAGCAUGUGUCAAUCGAUUUUUUUAUCAAACCUCUUGGCCCUGGGUUCCAAGUACGAUAUAUUUCGUGGUUUUUGAAAGAGUAUACUUCGUUUCAAGUCGACGACAAUACCAUAGAAGCUGAGCCCAAGAUAAUUCGAUUCCACAGAGAUGAUCAAGGUGCAACAAUAGACCCAUACUGGCAGAAAACAGAAGUAGUCUUUAUCCCACACUCAGCAGAUGCCGUGAGGUGUGACACGACGAGCGGGCGGUUAAAGAUUGAGCACAAAGUCAAGUGUACAGUAUCAGUGGUGGAUGAAGAGGGACACGUGCAUGAUUUACGUGUGUCGCUACCCCUAGUAAUCGCAGAAGUCAGACAAGAAGAAGACGAAGAAGACCUUCCCACCUAUGAGCAUGCUAUACAGACAGAGCAGUACUCACCAACGCCAUGCACUGUUAGCAGCAUUCCUGCAUAUACCGCAAUCUGGCUCGCACCGCAAGCACCAGACGGCCAAAAUCCAACCACCUGUUAUACUUUGAAUAAUUAUUUAAAUUAUUUUAAGAUACUUUUACGUAGAUAA